AAACACCGAGAAGGCGAGAGCCAAACCCCGAGGGGUUGGAAACCCCCCAAAAAGAGAUUCUCCUCGCCCCUUCCACCAGAACAGCAGACGGCCGAGGCGGCGAGAUCGUCGGCGAAUAGGCGCCGCCGCCGCCGCCGCCUUCUGCGUCUCCCACGGUCGCCUAGGGUGGCAUCCUACGCAGCCACCGCCGCUGUGCCGCGAGUGACGGCGGCUCUUAAGGACUCGCGCCUCCUCGGCUUCUCCGCUCCCGCCGCCUCGCCGACGGCGCGAUCAGGUCCUGCGGCUUCUGAAGAACAUUUGGAUGGAGGAGCUAAAUCAUGACGUUGAUCUUCCUGCAGCUGAGCUGAAUGCCAUAAAAUUUGACCUCAUGACUGGUGCAGAUAUGGAAAAAUUGUGCAGCGUAAGCAUAAUAGAAGUGGGUGAUGUCACUAGUCCAAAGUUGGGGCUACCAAAUGGUUCGCCGCAGUGUGAUACUUGUGGAUCGCAAAACAUACGUGACUGUGAUGGUCAUUUUGGUGUGACUAAGCUGGCGGCAACCGUGCACAAUCCAUAUUUUAUAGAUGAAGUUGUGCAGUUUCUGAAUCAAAUAUGUCCUGGCUGUCUCAGUCCGAAGGAAAAUGUAGAUAUGAAGGGAUCGGAGAGAGCAACAAUUCAAGCAACUUGCAAAUAUUGCUCGAAGGAUGGCACUAAACUUUAUCCCAGUGUAAUCUUUAAGACGCUGUCAAGUCCAAGAGUAAUAUUAUCCAAGAGUAAACUUCACAGAAACCCAAGUGUGAUGGAAAGAAGUUUGAUUGUUGCAGAAGCUGCUGACAGAGUGUCAAAUAAGCCCAAGGGUACAGGUUCGCUUGAAGUUCUUCCCCAGGAUUAUUGGGAUUUUGUACCUUUUGAGCACCAGACACGCCAGUCCAAUAUGACCAAGAUAAUAUUGUCCCCUUACCAAGUCUUUCACAUAUUGAAGAAAAUUGACCCUGAACUUAUCAAACAAUUUGUUUCAAGACGGGAGCUACUGUUCCUAUCAUGUUCGCCAGUGACCCCUAAUCGCCAUCGUGUUGUGGAGAUGGGCUAUGGGCUUUCAGAUGGUCCUCGGUUAACUUUUGAUGACCGAACAAAGGCUUACAGGAGGAUGGUUGAUGUUACAAAGAGAAUUGAUGAUUUUAGGCAGCAUCCACAGUUCAGCGUUCUUGCAAGUUCUCUUGUCUCAAGUCGACUUUCAGAAUGCCUCAAAUCCUCCAAGUUGUACUCUAAAAAGACAGACGGGGAUACAUCCACAGAUACAUAUGGAACGAAAUGGCUAAAAGAUGCUGUUCUUAGCAAAAGAUCUGAUAAUGCUUUUCGGAGUAUUAUGGUCGGGGACCCAAAGAUUAGGUUAUGCGAAAUUGGCAUUCCUGCAGAUUUAGCUUUAAACUUGGUUGUUUCUGAACAUGUUAGUUCUUAUAAUUUGGAAAACAUAAAUUUGAAGUGCAACCUACACCUUCUUGCCAAGGAGGAACUAUUUAUUCGGCGAAAUGGAAAGCUAAUGUUUGUCCGGAAGGCAAACCAGCUAGAAAUUGGUGACAUUGCCUAUAGACCAUUGCAGGAUGGUGAUCUUGUUCUCAUAAAUAGGCCUCCUUCAGUACAUCAGCAUUCUCUGAUUGCGUUGUCUGCAAAACUUCUACCUAUUCAAUCUGUUGUAUCAAUCAAUCCGCUAUGUUGUACCCCUUUUAUGGGAGACUUUGAUGGGGAUUGUUUGCAUGGAUAUAUCCCACAAUCUAUACAAUCAAGAAUUGAGCUUGGAGAGCUGGUAAGUCUACGCCACCAACUACUGAAUAUGCAAGAUGGUCGAAGUUUGGUGUCGUUAACACAUGACUCUCUAGCUGGUGCACAUUUGUUAACAAGUACAGAGGUUUUCCUGAAGAAAUCUGAAAUUCAACAACUUCAAAUGUUAUGCCUUUCAGUCUCACCUACACCAGUACCAGCAAUCAUUAAAUCUACAAACUCUCAAGGUUCUCUGUGGACUGGUAAACAAUUUUUCAGCAUGCUUCUUCCUCCCAACAUGAAUUUCAGUUGUGAUCAGAAGUUACAUAUCAUAGAUGGUGAAAUGCUUACCUGCUCAUUGGGGUCUAAGUGGCUACAAAAUAGUACAUCUGGACUUUUCUCUGUCAUGUUCGAACAGUAUGGUUGCAAGGCGCUUGACUUCCUUUCUUCUGCUCAGGAAGUACUUUGUGAGUUCUUAAACAUGAGGGGUUUAAGUGUCUCUCUCGCAGAUCUCUAUAUAUUCUCAGGCCAUCACCCGAGGAGAAAAUUUACUGAGGGAGUUAAGCUGGCACUGGAUGAAGCUGAAGAAGCUUUUCGAAUCAAGCAGAUACUAUUGGAUCCAGUUAACAUACCUGUGCUGAAGUGUAAUGAGGAAAGUGAAGGUGUAUCUAAUUCUUACAGAGAAUCUGAUUCUACUUGGAGCAAUCAACAAAUUGUCAGAUAUUCAAUCAUGGCAUUUAAGGAUGUCUUCAAUGAUCUGUUAAAGAUGGUGCAACAACACGUGGGUGAUGAUAAUUCAAUGAUGGUGAUGAUUAAUGCGGGAAGCAAGGGGAGCAUGUUGAAAUAUGUCCAACAAACUGCAUGUGUUGGUCUUCAACUUCCAGCAAGCAAAUUUCCCUUCAGGAUUCCUUCACAACUAUCUUGUAUUUGCUGGAAUAAGCAGAAGUCAUUAGAUUUUGAAAUCACUGAGGGCGUCAAUGAAAGUGUGGGAGGUCAGGACCUCUAUGCUGUGGUCAGGAGUUCCUUCAUUGAGGGUCUAAAUCCAUUAGAAUGCCUUUUGCAUGCAAUUUCUGGGAGGGCUAACUUCUUCUCUGAGCAUGCAGAUGUACCCGGGACAUUGACAAGAAAAUUAAUGUAUCACUUGAGAGAUCUGCAUGUUGCUUAUGAUGGGACGGUUAGAAGUUCUUAUGGACAGCAAAUAAUGCAGUUCUCUUAUAAUACUGCUGAUGAAAUAUACUGUGAUCGUGGUCUAGCAGGUGAUCUUGGUGCCCCUGUUGGUUCUUGGGCUGCUUGUUCCAUUUCAGAAGCUGCAUAUGGAGCUUUAGAUCACCCAGUGAAUGGUUUAGAGGACUCUCCUCUCAUGAAUUUACAGGAAGUAUUUAAGUGCCACAAGGCUACAAAUUCUUGGGAUCAUGUUGGUUUGCUCUUCCUGUCAAAGCAUCUAAAGAAGUAUAGAUAUGGUUUGGAGUAUGCAUCACUGGAAGUUAAGAAUCAUCUUGAGCGAGUGGACUUUUCUGAUUUGGUUGAAACCAUCAUGAUUCUAUAUGAUGGAUCUGACAAAACAAAAAAAGGAAGUCCUUGGACCACUCAUUUUCAUUUAAGCCAGGAAAGGAUGAAGAUAAAAAGAUUAGGAUUGGGAUUUGUUGUAGAAGAGCUUACAGAACGAUAUAAUGCCACCAGAAGCCAACUAAACAAUGUGAUCCCAUCAGUUCGUAUUAAGAAGGGCAAAUGUUCUGUAGGUGACAAGUGUGUUAAAUAUCCAGCUUGCUGCGUCACUGUGGUAGCACAAGCUGAAUCCAACACUAUGUUUCAGUUGGACACUGUCAAGAAUAGGGUGAUUCCAACCAUACUAGAUACACUACUGAAAGGGUUUUUGGAAUUUAAGGAUGUUGAGAUACAGUGUCAACAUGAUAGUGAGCUUCUUGUGAAAGUAGUUAUGUCAGAACAUUGCAAGACUGGGAAGUUCUGGGCUACUCUACAAAAUGCUUGCAUUCCAAUAAUGGAGUUGAUUGAUUGGGAGCGGAGUCAACCACAGAUUGUAUAUGAUAUUUUCUGUUCAUAUGGCAUAGACUCAGCAUGGAAUUACUUUGUUGAAUCUUUAAGGUCAACAACAGCUGAUAUUGGAAGGAAUAUUCGUCGGGAGCACUUGCUGAUUGUUGCAGAUGGUCUGUCUGUGAGUGGGCAGUUCCAUGCGUUAAGCAGUCAUGGUUUAAAGCAGCUGCGUAAUAGGUUAUCAAUCUCUUCUCCAUUUUCUGAAGCAUGUUUUUCUAGGCCUGCGCAGAGUUUUAUAAAUGCUGCAAAGCAGUGUUCAGUGGACAAUCUCUGUGGUAGUCUAGAUGCAAUUGCUUGGGGAAAAGAACCAUUCAAUGGGACCUCAGGGCCUUUUGAAAUUAUGCAUUCUGGGAAGUCACAUGAACCAGAACAAAAUGGGAGCAUCUAUGAUUUCCUGUGCAGCCCUGAAGUUCGGAAUUUUGAAAAGAAUCAUAUGGAUACCUGCAAACAAAGUACUGAAAAUGCUUCAAGAUGGAGGUUAGCAUGCAAGUCUAAAGGAAGUGUUAUUGUCAAUGGUGGGAGCAUAUCUAUUGAUCAGGACUUUCUUCAUGCUAAAGUUGGUAUCUGGGACAACAUUAUUGAUAUGCGCACUUCCUUGCGGAACAUGCUACGAGAGUACCCAUUAAACGGACAGGUGGUGGAGCCAGAUAAAGCACACUUAAUCGAGGCCUUGAAAUUUCAUCCCAGAGGGGAUGAAAAGAUCGGUGUUGGAGUCAGAGAAAUUAAGGUGGUAACUGUAAUUGUUAUUUUUCUUUUUAGAAUGGCUUUGCCAUUCUACUCAUCUAAAUUCUGAUUGUGAAAUAAUAGACUGCAUUAUCAGGAUUCUUCUUUUGGUUUCAAAAAUAAGAUCUCUCAUAGUUCCUACACAUCGUUUUGUAUAUAUAUUUGUCAUGUGGGUGAGCAUAUUGCUACUA